UCCCUGCUUGCUGAGCCAGCUCCACAGACCAUGAGGCUGUCGCCGCUGUUGCUGCUGCUGCUGGGGUCCUGGACCAUCCCAGGGGGCCUUGGGGACAGGGCCCCGCUCACAGCCACCGCCCCUGAGCUGGAUGAUGAAGAGAAGUUCUCAGCACACAUGCCUGCUCACCUGCGCUGUGACGCCUGCAGGGCAGUGGCCUACGAGAUGUGGCAGCAUCUGACAAAGGCAGAGGCCAAGCUUCACACCCUGGACUCCGGGGGCCGUGGCAAGCUGAGAGAGUCGGUAUACACAGACGUCCUGGACCAGAGCUGCUCCCAGACCUGGCAGGGCUACGGAGUUGGAGAAGUGGACCAGGUGAAGCGUCUCAUGGGCCCAGGACUUAGGAAGGGGCCGGAGCCGACCAUCAGUGUGAUCAUCAUGGGGGCGCCGUGGCCCACGAGGCUCUCCAAGACAUGCUUUCACUACCUGGGGGAGUUUGGAGAAGACCAGAUCUAUGAAGCCCACCAACAAGGUCAAGGGGCCCUGGAGGCAUUGCUGUGUGGAGGCCACCGGGGGGCCUGCUCAGAGGAGGCACCAGUCACAAGGGCAGAGCUCUAGUCCAGCUCCUCCUUCCCCUUCCUGGUCAGCCCCUAAAGGGAGCUGGGCUUCCUCUGGAUCUGUCCCCUCCUUUCUGCAGGCUGCCUGGAGGGCGGGGAGGCCUUGUUCUUCUGUGCUGCCACUCUCCCUCCCUCCUCCAGCUUCUGGGCCCUGGGGCCCGGGGGGGCGGCCAAGGCCUUCCCCUCUGGACUCAAAUAAAACCAGUGACCUCGA